GAUCUGCCAGAUGCUUGAGAUUCACAACUGUGCAAAAUAGAAAUCUGCUUGAAAUAUUCAUUUGACACCAUGAGUGACCUGUCAGAUGAAUUACUAAAGAACCUUCUGCUUAAACUGGAGUGCCAUUUCACAUGGACUUAUUUCAAAGACGAGACGGAUAUUGACAAUAUAGAAGACAGGCUUCAUGAUCAAAUCACAUUUUUACCUUCUAUACCCAGACAUAGGCUCCAUAAUUUAUUGGCCUAUACAAAUUAUUUGAAAGGAGGAACGGAAGUAGCAAUUACACAGCUUCAGAAAGCAGAAGAACACCUGCAAGGAACACAGUCUGCUGAUCUGGAUAUCAAAAGAGCUGUGACCUACAGUAAUUAUGCCUGGCUGUACUACCAUUCAAACGAGUUUAGCAAAGCUCAGUCUUACUUAGAAAAAGUGGAAGCCAUUUACAAGAAAUUUGAAUCCUCUCCACAACAUGAUAUUCUUCUUACUGAGAUAUAUGGAGAACAGGCCUGGGCUCUGUUAACAUUUUAUGGGAAGUUCGGUGAAAGAGCUAAAGAGUGUUUUGAGAAAGCGCUAGUGCUAGAUCCAGACAAUCCUGAGCUCAAUUCAGGAUAUGCCACAGUCAUGUAUCGCUUAGAAAGUCAAGAUUUAAUGAAGUAUGGCACAAGUAAAUAUAAAUCUUUAGAACUUUUGAAACGUGUUGUGGCAUUAAAUGAAAGUGAUACUGUGAUUAAGGCUUAUCUUGCCCUGAAAUAUCAAGAUUUGGGCCAAGCUGAGGAAGGAAAAAAGAUUAUGGAGGAGGCUCUUAAACAAACUCCAGACUCACCAUAUUUACUUCGAUAUGCUGCCAAAUUUUACAGAAGAGAGGGAAAGAUUGAUGAAGCUAUUACUAUUUUAAAAAAAGCCCUAAACCAAACUCCCAAUUCAAGUUCUCUUCACUACCAUAUUGGGCUUUGUUACAAACAUAAGGUGAAACAGUUAAAAAAAGCUGCAAGGACAUGUUAUCAGCCUACCAAUGACCAUACAAGAAACAUAAGCAAAGCAAUUUCUUCUGCUAUCUUUCAUUUUGAAAAAGCUAUUGAAUUUGAAGAAAUAUUUGUUAAUGCAUAUACUGAUUUGGCUGAUAUGUACGCUAAAGGAAAACAUUUUGAAAAAGCUGAAGAUAUACUUAAGAAAGCGCUAAACCUGAGAAAUCUAACAUGCGAAGACAAACAAGAGAUUCACUUUGGUUAUGCUCUUUUUAAGGAACAAGCAGUUAGAUCUGAAUCUGAAGCCAUAAGGCAUUACAAGGAAGUAUUACUGAUACCAAAUAACACAAAGACAAGAUCUUUUUCCAAAACGAAUUUGGAAAAGUUGGCUAAAGUGAAAAUAAGCAAAGAACCAUCAAGUGCAACUGGAUUUGGAUUGUUAGGGUUCAUUCAUCAGCAAGAGGGAGAAAUUGACCAAGCAAUUGAUUACUAUAAGAAGGCACUGGAACUGGAUCCAGAUAAUGAGGAUUAUUUGAGCGCAUUGCAUGACAUGAGACUCAAUUUAAGCACAGACUGAAGAUAAAAUUAGAUGUUGAAUGCCCUUAUAAGCCUCCCCAGACCAUAUGCAGUAGUUUGAAUGUACCACAAGUAGAGAUGCACCGAAUCCACUAUU